AUGGCGUUUGUGAUCUACAUAUCGUUUUCAGCGAUCCUUCUCCUUUUGAUCGUCGCGAUCGCCUUUUAUCUCAUCGGAAGAAAAAUCGGCCGGCGAGAAGGUAUGUCGCAGCUUCACUACGGACCACCGUUGGCUAGUAUGCCGGCACCUGCCCCGCCGCAAUAUGCUAUAGAAAAGCCACCAGCGGUUUAG